UGCGACUGUCAAAAAUAUUUUGUCUUGCUUUCAGUGGAACAAAACAAAAUUUCAUUUGCUUUUAUUAGUGUUCGUAAUAAUAAAAAUACAUCAUUAUGCCUUUAAAUUUACAAGGCGUUCGUCAAUAUCUAAGUGAAUUGAGAAAUUCUGGUGGCUUACAUAAAGAUCAAGCAGAAAAGUACCGCAAUGUUCUUAUGGAAAUACUGAAAAGUAAUGAAACUGAGCUGGCGGAAUCUUUAAAGGCAUUUGUGGAAGCAAUUGUGAAUGAGAAUGUGAGCCUGGUAAUAUCGAGACAGCUGCUGACGGACGUCAGCACCCACCUGGCUCUGUUGCCCGACCUAGUGUCUCAAGAGGUCUCACACUUUUCCCUGGAUGUUAUACAGCCUAGAGUCAUCUCCUUUGAAGAACAGGUGGCCAGUAUUAGACAACAUUUAGCAGACAUCUAUGAAAGGAAUCAGAAUUGGAAGGAAGCAGCUAAUGUACUGGUUGGAAUACCUUUAGAAACUGGACAGAAACAAUACUCGGUGGACUACAAACUAGAAACAUACUUGAAGAUUGCUCGGCUAUACUUGGAGGUGGAUGACCCAGUGCAGGCAGAGGCGUUUGUCAACAGGGCUUCACUACUUCAAGCAGAGACUACUAAUGAACAGUUGCAGAUCUACUACAAAGUCUGCUAUGCCAGAGUGUUGGAUUACAGAAGGAAAUUCAUAGAGGCAGCCCAGAGAUACAACGAGUUGUCAUACCGUAACAUUAUUCACGAGGACGAACGAAUGACGUGUCUGAGAAACGCGCUCAUCUGUACCGUACUAGCUUCAGCAGGCCAACAGCGUUCCAGAAUGCUAGCCACCCUCUUCAAAGACGAGAGAUGUCAACAGUUGCCCGCAUACUCGAUCUUAGAGAAGAUGUACCUGGACCGUAUCAUCCGUCGCUCGGAGCUGCACGAGUUCGAGGCUCUGAUGCAGACGCACCAGAAGGCAACGUGUCAUAUUUAUCAUUCGGCUACGACAUCAGAUGGCACUACGAUUCUGGACCGCGCUGUAUUCGAGCACAAUUUGCUGUCAGCCAGCAAGCUGUAUAACAACAUAACGUUUGAGGAGUUGGGCGCCUUGCUCGAGACUCCGCCCGCGAAGGCCGAGAGGAUCGCAAGCCAUAUGAUCAGCGAGGGACGCAUGAACGGAUACAUUGAUCAGAUCAGCUCUGUAGUACAUUUUGAAACUCGUGAGAUUCUACCACAGUGGGACAAACAGAUCCAGAGCCUGUGUUACCAGGUCAACAGCCUCAUAGAGAAGAUAGCGGCGGCGGAGCCCGAAUGGAUGGCCAAGCUCAUGGAGGAAGAAAUGAUACAAUAAGCUCUUGUACCCAAUGAUACUGUUCUUACAAUAUAAUGCUUUUCCAGUA